AUGACCCAAUCUUUAUCCUCUCCUCUCAAAAAGAAGAUUCUCUCUGCUUCGUCAUCCUCUACCAUCACGAUGAGAGAGUCUUUGAGUAUUGAAGAAAAUAGUCGAGGAGUGGUUAUUGGAGGAGAGAAGGAACAACAUGUUCAAUUGGCUUGGAAAUUAAUUGAAGAGACUUUGCGUGAUUUUGGAUGGAGAUUUGAUCGCCAGCGACAAGUCUUUUAUGAAAUUCAAUCAGAAGCUCAAAAACUCUUUGCUGAUCUCGAGAAAAAUAUUGAAAAAGAAGCCUCUCUCAUGUCUGAAUGUUUUUCCAAGUCACAAAAAGCAUUCAAACAUGACAAGAAAGCGGAAGCGAAAGUGUUGAGUGAAGAAGGCAAAAAACAUCAAGAAUUAAUGCAAAAGUUUCAAAAACAAUCCUCAGAGGAAAUGCUUAAAUUUGUAAAUAAGAACAACUCUUUAGAUGUUUUGGACCUGCAUUGUCAGUAUUCUCAAUUUGCUCUCGAUAUUGUGAUUCAACGAAUGAGCGAACUUAAAAAGAAAGGUUUCAAACAAUUGACAAUUAUUCAUGGAGCGGGAAGUCACUCUGAUAAACGAGGCCCAAAAAUCAAACCAAUUAUUACAAAUUAUUUGAAGAAUAAUCGUGUGGAUUUUGAAGAGGUCAAUAGUGGACAAAUUCUGGUUACUCUUUGUCAAUAA